AUGCCCGCCGUCGACGCUGCUGCUCCAACGCCCGGCGAGGAUGUUCGAGUCCUUGGUUAUGACCCUCUGAUCCCUCCCGCCCUCCUGCAAGCCGAGAUACCUGCGUCUCAGACCUCCAUCGAGACCGUCGCCAAGGGUCGUCGAGAAUGCAAAGAUAUCAUCCACCAGCGGGACGACAGGCUACUUGUCAUGGUCGGACCCUGUUCGAUCCAUGAUCCUGCAACAGCCCUUGAAUAUGCUGGUCGUCUGAAAGAGCUCUCCGAAAAGCUCUCCGCGGAUCUAUGCAUCAUCAUGCGUGCAUACCUAGAAAAACCCCGCACCACCGUGGGCUGGAAAGGCCUCAUCAACGACCCUGACAUUGAUGAAUCCUACAAAAUCAAUAAAGGCCUCCGUGUCUCGAGACAGCUCUACGCCGACCUCACGUCAAUGGGCAUGCCCAUUGCGAGCGAAAUGCUCGACACUAUAUCUCCGCAGUUUCUUGCCGACUUAAUCUCUCUAGGUGCCAUCGGGGCCCGAACAACCGAGUCUCAGCUGCACAGAGAACUCGCUUCUGGCCUCUCUUUCCCUAUGGGUUUCAAGAACGGCACAGAUGGUUCCCUUUCCGUGGCUAUCGACGCCGUAGGAGCCGCCGCCGCAAAACACUACUUCAUGGGCGUCACAAAACAAGGGUUGGCUGCCAUAACAAAAACAUCCGGGAACGAAGAUGGCUUCGUGAUCCUCCGCGGAGGCUCAAAGGGCACGAACUACGAUGCAGAAUCCGUAAAGGCAGCUCGCACCGCAUUGAAAUCCAAGGGCCAUAGAGAAGUCAUGAUGAUUGACUGCUCCCACGGCAACUCGAAGAAGAACCAUAAGAAUCAACCUUUAGUCGCUCAAGCUAUAAGCGAACAGCUGAGGCAGGGAGAAGACGCGAUCGUGGCGGUCAUGAUUGAAUCGAACAUCAACGAAGGGAAUCAAAAGGUCCCCCCUGAAGGGGGUCUUGAAAGCCUGCAAAAGGGAGUCAGCAUUACGGAUGCCUGUAUCGAUUGGGAGACGACGGUCGAGGUCUUGGAGCAGUUGGCUGAGGCGGUAAGGGCAAGGAGACAAGUCAGGAAGACCCACCAGAACGGGACGAACGGCGUAUCGAAUGGGCACCACUAA